AUGCCCAGCUCAGUGCUGUGGGCGGUCGACCUGUUUGGGAGGGUGUUCACGCUGUCCACGGCCGGGCAGCACUGGGAGCCGUGCAGGGACGCCCAGCUGGAGUUCAAGCGGGUCAGCGCGGCCAGGGACUGCUGCUGGGGCAUCGCCUGUGACCACCAGGUGUAUGUGCUUGUGGGUGCCAGCGACGUCCCCAUCCGCUGCCAGGAGGAGGCCUAUGAGAAUCAGCGCUGGAACCCCGUGGGCGGCUUCUGUGAGGUGCUCCUGCCGAGCGACCGCUGGCCGUGCAGUGAUGUGAGUGGGCUCCAGCACCGGCCGCUGGAUGGGGUGGCGCUGCCCUCGCCGCAUUGGGAGUGGGAGUCGGACUGGUACGUGGAUGAGAAUUUUGGAGGGGAACCCACCGAGAAAGGGGGGUGGACGUAUGCCAUCGACUUCCCUGCCACCUACACGAGGGACAAGAAGUGGAAUUCCUGCGUGCGGCGCCGGCGGUGGAUCCGGUACAGGAGAUACAAGUCUCAGGACACCUGGGCCAAGAUCCCUUCGGAGGAUGACCCCCAGCAGCUGCCCGACCCCUUCAGUGACCUCUCUGUGGGCGGGUGGGAGGUCACAGAUGAGCCCGUGGGCCGCCUGUCCGUGUGGGCUGUGACCCUGCAGGGAAAGGUGUGGUACAGAGAGAACGUCAGCCACCACAACCCCGAAGGCUCGUCGUGGUCCCUGGUAGACACCCCCGGGGAGGCGGUUCAGAUCAGCUGUGGGCCCCACGACCUGCUGUGGGUGACGCUCUGGGAGGGCCAGGCCUUGGUUCGGGAAGGAAUCAACAGGAACAACCCCAAAGGAAGUUCCUGGUCCACAGUGGAGCCUCCCACAUCUGAAAACGGGAUCCUGCAUGUCUCCACGGGAGUCUGCGUGGUCUGGGCCGUCACUAAGGACCGGAAGGUUUGGUUCCGAAGAGGCGUCAACUCUCACAACCCCUGUGGCACCAGCUGGAUCGAGAUGUUUGGAGAAAUGAUGAUGGUGAACGUGGGCCUCAAUGACCAGGUCUGGGGCAUCGGCUGCGUGGACCGGGCCCUGUACUUCCGUCAGGGCGUCACCCAGAGCGAGCUCAGCGGGAAGACGUGGAAGGCCAUUGUCGCCGGCCGGGAGGGCGACCGCUCGCUCUCGGGCAGCUCCAUCAGCCUCCUCAGCGCCGGCUGCUUCUUUGGAAACGAAGUGAGGGGCGGUGCCGAGUCCUGUGGUCCUGGGGACACGGAUGCCUCCUGGGAGGUCCCCGGCCCUGCCUCCAGCCCGGCCAGGCUGCGUGGGAAGGAGUCCAAGAAAGGGCCCAGCCACACAACUGCCAACUUUCCGGAGGCCACCGACCUCUCCUCGCUGACGCUCCUCCCGCUGGGCCUGGAGGAGCCCGAGAGCGCCGACUGCCACGCGCUGUGGGCCUGGGUGUCCGGCGGAGGCUGUGCCGUGGAGGCCCACACCACGCUCAAGUGGUUCACCACCCAGUCGGGCCUGUCCCCCUCGACGCAGACGCUCUUGCUGUCCAUCACUCCUGCCCAGACCGCUGCCUGGCGGAAGCAGAUCUUCCAGCAGCUCACGGAAAGGACCAAGCGGGAGCUGGAGAAGUUCCAGCACUACGAGCAGGCGGUGGAGCAGUCUGUGUGGGUGAAGACCGGGGCCCUGCAGUGGUGGUGUGACUGGAAACCCCACAAGUGGGUGGAUGUCCACGUGGCCCUGGAGCAGCUCACGGGCAACGACGCGGCUCAGGACAGCAUCCUCUUCAUCUACUACGUGGUCCACGAGGAGAAGAAGUACAUCCACGUGUUCCUCAACGAGGUGACGGCGCUGGUCCCCGUGUUCAACGAGGCCAAGCACUCCUUCGCCCUGUACACCCCCGAGAGGACGCGGCAGCGGUGGCCCGUGCGCCUGGCCGCCACCACCGAGCAGGACAUGAGCGACUGGCUCACCCUGCUCAACCUGUCCUGCUGUGAGAGCCGGAGACUGCACGGCCGCCCCUCCCCGCAGGCCAUCUGGUCUGUCACCUGCAAGGGAGACAUCUUCGUGAGCGAGCCUGGCCCGGACCUCGAGGCCCCCGAGCGCCGGCUGCCCUGCGACCAGAUGUUCUGGCGGCAGAUAGGCGGCCACCUGCGGGUGGUGGAAGCCAACAGCCGGGGCGUGGUGUGGGGCAUCGGCUACGACCACACGGCCUGGGUCUACACAGGCGGCUACGGCGGAGGCUGCUUCCAAGGCCUGGCCAACAGCACCAGCAACGUCUUCACACAGUGGGACGUGAAGUGCGUCCACAUCUACGAGAACCAGCGCUGGAACCCCGUCACAGGCUACACCAGCAGGGGUCUGCCCACCGAUCGGUACAUGUGGAGUGACGCCACGGGCCUGCAGGAGUGCACCAAGGCCAGCACGAAGCCCCCGUCCCUGCAGUGGACCUGGGUUUCUGACUGGUUCGUGGAUUUCAGCAUCCCCGGCGGCACGGACCCAGAGGGGUGGCAGUACGCCAGUGACUUCCCCGCCUCGUACCACAAGUACAAAACCAUGAAGGAUUUCGUCAGGAGAAGGUGCUGGGCCAGAAAGUGCAAGCUGGUGACCAGCGGGCCCUGGCUCGAGGUGACCUCAGUGGCCCUCAGGGACGUGUCCAUCAUCCCCGAGAGUCCCGGCGCCCAGGGGAGCGGGCCGAACAUUGCACUCUGGGCCGUCAGUGACAAGGGGGACGUGCUGUGCCGUCUGGGUGUGUCCGAGCUCAACCCCGAGGGCUUCUGCUGGAUGCACGUGGGCACCGACCAGCCCUUUACCUCCGUCUCCAUCGGCGCCUGCUACCAGGUGUGGGCCGUAGCGAGGGACGGCUCCGCCUUCUACCGCAGCUCCGUGUCCCCCUCCAGGCCCAACGGCGACUGCUGGUACCACAUCCCGCCUCCUCCCAAACAGAGGUUGAAGCAGGUGUCCGUGGGGCACACCUCAGUGUUCGCCUUGGAUGAAAAUGGGAACCUGUGGUACCGCCAGGGGGUCACGCCCAGCCACCCGCAGGGCGACAGCUGGGAGCACGUGUCCAACAACGUGCGCCACGUGUCUGUGGGGCCCCUGGACCAGGUCUGGGUCAUCGCUGACAAAGUCCAGGGGAGCCACAGCCUGAGCCGGGGAACUGUGUGUCGCCGCACGGGCGUGCAGUCCCUGGAGCCCAAGGGGCAGGGCUGGGACUAUGGCAUCGGGGGGGGCUGGGAUCACCUCUCCAUCCGGGCCAGUGCCACCAGGGCCCCCGGGAGUUCAUCUCCGAAGCCGGCCGGCAAGCAGAAUGGGCAGCCCCCGAGCGUGGCCGUUGCCCCAUGGGAGACCCCCAGCCCCGUCUGCUGCUGA